ACAUGAAAUAGCGGCACGCAAAUUUUGAGAUUGUUGCUAAUGUCAAGUUGUAUGAACAAACAAACCACAUUUCUUCUUACAGAAAUCAAGAUGAACAUGCAGAAGUUGAGAGCAUCCUCUCGAUUCAAACAAGCUAAUCCCGAAAGCAUCAAUGCCUGCUGGGUUUAAAACAGCAUGACGAACUUCAAGCAGCUAUCGGCCUCUUUUCCCGCGGACUCUUCACCGGUAUCGAGGCCGAGCGGGGAGUGGGUGAACCUAUACACCCGGGCACACAGUCGAAGACAGAAGUGCAUGAAGGAUGCCGAAGUGAUGCGGAUAAAUGUUCUGAAGCAGCGGGAGAACGAUCUGGAGAAGUACCGUCGGGAGCAGCUGACGGGUGGACCGGGAAAGUCGAAGAUCAAUUCACUGACGGUCUCCAAGACACCAGCAGCAUUCAAGCCAUCAUCGAACAACUCGCGCUCCACGGCACCCUCCAAGGUCUCUUUGUAUUCGGUAUCAUCAUCAAAUUCCCUCUCUCCCCCUGCAAACCUUAAAUGGCCAUCAAGUGUCCCACCACGGUUGCGGAAACCUUGCAAAACAAGUCCCCGCCAAAAGAAACAACCAACGACACUUCCCCCACUCAGAGGAACUUUGGAAACAAAUUACAUCAACAUUGCUAACAUGUAUGGGAACACCUCCCGCCAGACACCGCAAGACACAACGAUAGAUUAUAGACUCCCGCAUAAAGAGUGGAGCCCGGCAGACAGCACCCCUAAAACCCUGGAGGGGAACCCGUCAGGGUUGUGCGAUAUAUCGAAAGUCUGGGAGCACGGGAUGUGUAUCUACUGCGAGCUGGAGCGUAUCGAACGAUCGAUCCCGCGCACGCCGCGGUUUUUCAAGUGGCGAUCGAAAGAUAGGAUGAAAAGUUUUAGUAUGAAUGUUGAUAGCAGGGGUGAGGGUGACGGUGCCUGUGUGAUCGGUGGCAAUAACAGACCAACAGAUAGGACUAAUGAUGAAUACGAUGGCGACAAUGACAACGGGAUCAUGAGGAACCUCGAGUAUGAGCCCGACAUAUAUGUUGACACCACCUCAAUAAGAGAUGAUUUGAGCAUCAGGGAAAACUAUAGUGGAACAAACAAAAGAAAAGAGGAAAGCGAUGAGGAGGAAGUGGAAAUUGACUACGAAGCCUUGGAGAAACUUGCAAAGUGGUAUGAACGUUAUCCAAGCACGCCCGUGUCUUUCUGGAAGCAACGCGAUCAAAGGACGUUUCAGCCUUUGUUCUAGCCAAAAGAUUGCCUAGUGAUUAAUCACCUCUUAGACAUGUUGAGCUCUAUAUUGGCAACCAAACACUUUUUUUUUCAUUGGCGGAUCCAGGGAUUCGAGGGCUUCAGUAAUACUUUGUAGUUCAAGCCCAUCCAGUAGCGUGUGUAGUCGCAACUGCUGGUUUCACAAUGUUGUAUCACC